CCGCAGCGCGGCGGCGCCGGGACCGCGGCGCAGCCCCGGGGACAGGGCUCGGCCCGGCGCCCCCGGGACGGACGCGCCCGCGCCAACAUGGGGGCCCUGGCCCUGGCCCUGGGGAUUUUCCACUACCUGGGGCUCUACCUGCAGCUCGGCGCCUCCUCCCGGCACCCGCCCUGGGACGCUCCGGCGGCGGGCAGCGCUCUCUUCACCGAGACCCCCCACGACAUGACGGCGCAGGCGGGUGAGGAUGUGGAGAUGGCGUGUUCCUUCCGAGGCAGCGGCUCCCCGUCCUACUCCCUGGAGAUACAGUGGUGGUACGUCCGCAACCACAAGGACUGGACGGACAAACAGACGUGGGCUUCCAACCAGCUGAAGGCGCUGCAGGAGGAGCCUGGGAAGGACGCCACCAAGAUAAGCGUGGUGAAGGUGGUCGGCAGCAACAUCUCGCACAAGCUGCGCCUGUCGCGGGUGAAGCCGGAGGACGAGGGGACGUACGAGUGCCGCGUGAUCGACUCCAGCGACGGCAAAGCGCGGCACCACAAGGUGAAGGCGUUCCUGCGGGUGGAGGCGGCGGGGGGCGCGGGGCACCCCCAGGACACCCAGCUGCGGGGCGCCUCGCUGCCGGACCCCGCCGCAGCCCACGCACACCACCACCACCCCCACAAAGCCGGGAGGGAGCUGAAGAAGCGCUCGGCAGAUGCCUCCUGCGUGCUGUAGGCAGCUGGUGCCGGGGGGACGCCGGAGCCUCCCGCCGCCCCGGACUCAGCGGAGCCAUCGAGGGUCCCGCGCCCCCUGCCAGAGACUGGCCCCACCAUCCCGUCUUGCCCACCGACCCCCUCCUCCUCCUCCUCCCGCUGGCUGCUGCCAGCUCGGUUCCUUCCCCAGCCACGGGGCGCAGCGGUGCCAGAGCUCGGUGUGGGAGCAGCGCCGUGUCUGUGCCAGUGGGGCAUCGCUGGGGCCGUGCCCGGGGCCGAAGCGUACACCCACACACGGGGUCCCCGUCCCCGCUGGCCCCCUGGAGGCGGGUACCCCGCUGCUCGCUGCCUCCCGCAGUGCCACGGGCCGUGUUGCACUGCAGCUCUGCGUGCCCGGUGGAAGCCCCCCUGGCCUGUGGGACCCUCCCUGCCCUCCCCCGUGCUUUGCAGAACCAACUGUUCCCGUAGGAGGCCCAGUUUUGUUGCCCUGUUACAGCCCUGCAGUGCGUAUAUAAGUUCCAGCAUCCAUCUUACAGAUCCCAUGUGUCGCCUCUCCCUGCCCCUGCCUGCCCCCACCCACCCCAGCACGUCAAGGCCUGAGCUCAGUAGAGGAAGGACGGCACAGCACGGCAUGGCAUGGCACAGCAGGCUCCCAGCACAGCCACGGGGCUGUGGGUUGUGCCACAGCAUUGCCCACCCAGGCAGCUGCCCACGGUCCACGUGUGCCCGGCAGCUGUGCCACAGCUGGCCUGGUUUUACCCAUUGCUCCUCCCUGCCCCUCACGUUUCACAGAGGAAGGGGGGCCUGGCCAGCACCUCCAUCUGCCCUCGCUCUGUCCCCGCUGCCUGUGCCGGUGCGGCUCUUGGCCCCCCAGUCCCGGCUGAGCUCCCCUUCCUCCUGCGCCGUGGCACCGCACCAGCCCAGGCAGGGUCCAGCAGUGGAAAGAGCAGAGCCUGUCCCUGGCACCCCCUUGGGUAAACUGCCACUGAGGAUGGAGCAUGGGGAGGGAGAGGGGGGUCCCGAGUGUCCCCAUCCGUGUGCCGGGCUCUGCUCCCUGCCGCCGCUCCCCCAGCCUGCCGCUGCCAGACCUGCUGCAGCUAAUAAAGCUCUUUAAACGAA